UACGAAAUAACUAAGAGUAAAGGAAGAAGAAGAACGACACCGAGGCCGCGCACUCGUGCGCUGGCGCGAGAGGUUCACGUGGCACAGGAAAAUCUUGCUCGCACUUUCGAACACGCAGCUGACCGUGGCACGCGCAUAUCCAAGCAUCUCUCAGAAGCACGGACCCGGCUUAGUACCCGCCAUGCGCAUUGAUGUAUCCAGCCGCCUCCCGAUUUAUCCUCUCCUCCGCGGCGGCCCAUCAGCCUUCUCAGAAGCAUCUUCACCCCAGAAGAUGACUUCGUUCACAAUACACGUCCUGCUUCCAGACGAAGCCAUCGAGGACGUCCUCCCGAGGAACGGCGACCUUGUGGUCAAGACUCUGGACACGGCUGAGGAAGAGGCUUGUAGCAGCUGCGCACCACAUCGGAGGAGACUUGUCCCGAGGGCCGAGUGCGACAGGAUCGUUGAGAAGGACGCCAAGGACAACCUGGCUGAGUACAACUCCCUGGAAGCACCGUGCAGCAUGCAAGGACAUCGUCACCUGGUGGAAGAGGUAUCCAGAGGCACCGGGCACUGCUUGAUGUACAGUCCGGAGGAGCCGACUACACGUGCAGCGGCAGCGGCCGGGAGCGGGAAUCGCCAGCACGGGCAUUGCAGCGCAGUCGCGUGGCCCGACUACAGGUUCGAGGCGCUGCGCUGCCGGCCACGCGUGCACCCUGCGCGACAUGCUGCCGCUUCGGUCGACGACGACGAACUCCCGCACGGCCGAGUGCAACAGCGACGCGGUGGCAACGCCAAGCAGCUGCCUUCGGAGGCUACUCACGAGGUCGCCCCGACCCAGGGUUGCCGGCUGUGCGGCGGUGCGGGCGCGGGACGCAGCACGACGUCGACCGGAGGCGCCCGUCAGUUCGUGCUGCAUCGCGCGUGUGCCGGCCAUCACCUCCCCGGCAGCACCGUGUCCCGGCUGCUGCUGCAGCACGGCAGCAGGUUCUCCGGGCGGCACUGCUGCCUCCCAUCCUGCAUUGUCCGUAGCCGAGGAGCUGACGGUGCGCUCGCUGCUCUCACCGUGGCCGGCGGCAUGCAGCUGUUCACUUGAUGUGCGGAAGCGAGUCGUGCGCCGCGCAGCGCCACGGUGCUGGGUUCGUGGGCCGAGGCUUGUCGAGCGUGAUCGCGGCAACCGCUGCGAGCUAGUCUCGGCGCCGCUGAACUCGGUACGAUGGUGCUGCGAAACGGGUGCCCCGCUACCUCUCAGCGGUGUUGUUUCUCGCUAGCAUAAUUUCGCAUUUUUGCAAUUUAUUGGUGUGAAUGUAAUAUUGUUCUAUGUUCUUGAAAUAAAGUUUAUUGUACUUGA